AUGUACGAGGGAGAGGAAGCCAUAAAGGAAGACUGGGAUGAAGACAAGUACCGCAUGGGACAACGCGUUGAAAAUUUCGGGAACGACGUGGAGAACUUUCCCGAGAUCGCCGCCUACCCCGACAAUGCCGUGGAUAAUGUUGAGAAUCCGGAUAUUCCCGAGGAUGUUGCCGGCUGGUCUAGGAAUAAAGUCGGCGAAGCGGAAUACGAUGCUGGUGGCGAUGAUGCGAGGUAUGAUCACGACGACAAUUAUGGGGGCGACGAUGGCGGAGACGGCGGUGGUUGGUAA